GAGAAGAGGGGUAGAGUGAGGUUUGAGAGAAAGAGAGAUGGUGGGGAGCUGGAAGUGGGUUUUGGUUGUGGUGAGCUUGUGCAUUUGGGGAUGGAGUCCCAUUUCAAUUAAUGCUGAUACAGAUCCAUCAGAUGUUUCUGCUCUGACGGUGAUGUAUAGUAGCUUAAAUUCCCCAUCUCAGCUAACCCAAUGGAGUGCAAGUAGUGGCGAUCCAUGUGGUCAGUCUUGGAAAGGUGUUAAAUGUACACGCUCACGAGUAACAGAGAUUGAUUUAUCAGGUCUUGGACUUUCUGGAUCAUUUGGGUAUAACCUUCAAAGCUUGACCGCAUUAACCAACCUAGACAUGAGCAAUAAUAAUCUUGCAGGUGGUAUACCUUAUAAUCUUCCUCCAAACCUGACGCGAUUAAACCUUGGCGGUAAUCAAUUCACACAAGGCAUCCCUUAUUCUGUCUCUAUGAUGACUUCUCUUAAAUACUUAAAUAUCAGUCACAAUCAGCUUCAGAAUACACUGGAUGAUGUGUUUGGAAAGCUCUCUUCCCUUACCACACUGGAUCUCUCUUUCAAUACUAUGCCAGGCAGCCUCCCCGAGAGUUUUAGCUCCCUUUCAAGUCUAAAGACACUGGAUUUGCAGAACAACCAGUUAACAGGGACUAUUGAUGUCCUAGCCAAUCUCCCCCUUGAAAAUCUGAAUAUCGAGAAUAAUCAUUUCACUGGCUGGGUUCCAGAACCGUUGAAAAACAUCAACCUGAAGAAGGACGGAAACACAUGGAACUCUGGUCCUGCACCCCCACCGCCACCUGGUACCCCUCCAGCCAAGAACAACGGAAAUCGCACACCUGGCAGCAAUGGUACACCAUCAAAAAAUGGUGCCAGUGAAGGUGGUAAAAAAUCUGGAAUAGGGGCUGGUGGUAUAGCAGGAAUAGUGAUAUCUAUUUUUGUUGUUACGGGGAUUAUAGCAUUCUUUCUGAUAAAGAGAAGAUCAAAGAAGUCAUCUUCCGAUAUAGAAAAGAUUGAUAUUCAGCCCUUUGCGCCCCUUCCUUCAAAUGAAGUAAAAGAAAUGAAGUCUGUAGAACCCUCUGCCACAGUGGAUUUGAAGACCUUUGAUGCACCUGCCACAAUAAAUCUUAGACCCCCACCUGUUGAUCGUCAUAAGUCAUUUGAUGAUGAGGAAUUCUCAAAGAAGCCCAUUGUUGUUAAGAAAACUGUCGCAGCUCCUAUAAAUGUGAUCUCCUAUUCAAUAGCAGAUCUGCAGAUGGCUACUGGAAGCUUUAGUGUUGAUAACCUGCUUGGUGAAGGGUCUUUUGGACGUGUUUACCGGGCUCAAUUUGAUGAUGGGAAGGUUCUUGCCGUUAAGAAAAUAGAUUCAUCUGUCCUUCCAAGUGAAUCUUCUGAGGAUUUCACAGAGAUCGUUUCAAACAUCUCCCAUUUGCAUCACGCAAAUGUAACGGAGCUGGUGGGUUACUGUUCGGAGCAUGGACAGCACCUGCUAGUCUAUGAGUUCCAUAAAAAUGGUUCGUUGCAUGAUUUCUUGCAUCUUUCAGAUGAAUACACCAAGCCAUUGACAUGGAAUUCCCGGGUUAAGAUUGCUUUGGGGACUGCACGAGCACUAGAGUACUUGCAUGAAGUUUGCUCACCAUCAAUUAUCCACAAAAACAUAAAGUCAAGCAACAUAUUGCUGGAUGUGGAGCUCAACCCUCAUCUUUCAGACUCCGGCCUUGCAAGCUCUAUCCCCAAUGCUGAUCAGGCAUUGGACCACAAUGCAGGAUCUGGGUACAGUGCACCUGAAGUUGCAAUGUCUGGUCAAUAUACCCUAAAGAGUGAUGUCUACAGUUUUGGAGUGGUUAUGCUGGAGCUUAUUAGUGGGCGCAAACCAUUUGAUAGCUCAAAGUCUAGAUCUGAACAGUCUUUGGUUCGAUGGGCAACACCCCAACUCCAUGAUAUCGAUGCUCUUUCAAAAAUGGUAGACCCAGCACUCAAGGGGCUGUAUCCAGUUAAAUCUUUGUCACGGUUUGCUGAUGUGAUUGCCCUAUGUGUCCAGCCCGAGCCUGAGUUCCGACCACCAAUGUCAGAAGUUGUUCAAGCAUUGGUUCGGUUAGUGCAACGAGCCAACAUGAGCAGGAGAACAGUUGGAAAUGAUCAAGGUGGAUCGCAGAGAGGCGACAGCACUGAUGCACAGGACGACAUGUCUUAAAAGGCAAACUUGAAACGGCAACACAGAUGCACAAUGAUGCCUUGCCUGAAGCAAAGAGUACAUUUUGAGUUUAUUCACCUUGGCUAAACCAUAUGCUAACGGGUCUCCAUACAUGGUAUACCCGGUAGGAUGUGUUUUGUUAAUAUUUACGUAGUUGAGGUAGUUCUUUCAUUUUUUUUUUUUUCUUUUCAAAAUUGAAUUUGGUGCUGUUUAAGGCAGUUCGGAGUUUGUAUCAAAUUUUAUUUUCCUAUACAUUAAACCAGUGCCCUAUGCACUUUGUAAGGAAAGCUGAAUAUGUAUUUCAGUUUUCAGUUCAUCUGCCAUGGACCCUUUGGUGCUCAACAUAUUUUCUUGUAGGUGUACAAUAUUCAAGUAAAUAAAUUAUAAUUUGAAUUUCC